UCCCAGACGCAGGUGUAGACCAGGCUACCUAUUCAUAUGCUCUGCACUCUUCUUCGAUCAAUACCUACACUUCGAGACCAAGGAGCUUCGGGAGGAAUUACCAGCCGAAGAAUGGUUUCGCAAUGUUAAUUGAUAUUUGGUGCGGUUAUUUUGUUCUCUCUCAUCCAUACUUCCCGAGCGCAAAUGACUUGACAUGGAUUGUGGUCGCUGUUAGGGACUUUAUUUGUGAAAAAUAGAGGAAGAAUUUAACACGAUGACUGACCAGUACAGUAUGUUUCUUACCACCGCUCCCCCUCUGAGAAGAGGAAGCACACCUCUACCAAUCAAGCACCAGCUGAGGCGGGAGGAGGCCGUAUCAGAGGACCGUGAUUGGAUACCAGGGAUUGACAAACCAUCCACACUGCCAAUCAGUGACACUCUUUGCCAGGAUGAAUCAUUUGGUCAGGCGGCGGAGGGGUAUCAUGGGAGUGCUAUAAGGAUCGUACUACUUGGGCAGAAUGGGGUUGGAAAAUCAUCGCUGGCUCUGUCUCUGGCUGGACUGUCAGACAGAUCUCUUUCGGUGGACUCUGAAACAGCCUGUGGAGAAGGCUACGAGCGCACAGUGUCAGUUGACGAUGAGGAGAGUUCAGUCAUCAUUUAUGACAACUGGAAACAGGACCUGUCCACGCUGCAGUGUGAGGUGGUUGUCCUGGUGUUCUCGGUGACUGACAGGAGGAGUUUCCAGCGCACUGCACAGCUCCGCCUCAUCCUCAGGGAGUCACUGCCCCACACUCCCAUCAUCCUCGUGGGCAAUAAGAGUGACCUUGUCCGUUGUCGAGAGAUCAGCACAGAGGAGGCCCACUCCAGUGCCAUGAUGUAUGACUGCCAAUAUCUGGAGCUGUCUGCCUCCCUGGACCACGGCACCACCGAGUUGCUGGAGGGGGCAGUGAAGGCUGCCAGGGGUGACUGCGUGGGGCCAGGCUGGACGGAGGGGGACCCCGGGGCGGGGCGCAGGGAGAGCCUGACCAGCAAGGCCAAGCGCUUCCUGACUGGCCUGGUGCCACGCUCCUACGGCCGAGGAGACAGGGACCGAGGCCAAUACAGGGAGAUGAGCAGGCACCGGGGGAGCAAGAUCCUCCGACAGAAAUCACGCUCCUGCCAUGACCUCAGUGCAAUGUGACACAUCAGACAGACAGAGAGAGGGGAUGGGAGGUGUGUGAAACGGGGAUAGAAUGAAGGAGGACAACAGGGGAUGGGAGAUAAGUUAUGGAAGGGGAAAAUGAGAGAGAGAGAGAGAGAGAGAGAGAGAGAGAGAGAGAGAGAGAGA